GCCUCGCUCGGCGUGUGCGAAAGAGAGAAUGUCCGUGUGUGCGACGUUCGUGUGCUGCUGCGCUUCCCUUUAUAUAAACACGCGUAAUGUACUCUUGUGACGAUUGCAGUACUGUGCGAACAGCAGCAGCAGCAAAGAUAAUAUAAACGGUAUAUGGGCGAUUUUCGUUUAUCGAUAACUGUUUUGUGCAAAAAUUAGACACACGCGCACACAGGCACACGCUCGAUGAUCCGUCCUUUUGGAGCUAGUAAAAAAAGAGAAGAGAUACGACGCAAAGUACUUCAUUAAAAUGAACACAAAUAGUGAGCUCGCGAUGCGACAAAGAGAAAGAGCAAUUACCGCAGUCGCUCGACUGUUCCAUUUGGCUCAUUCGUUCAUUUAAAAAUCGCGAGGAGCAAAAACCAAUUGAUCGAGCAAUUUGAUUCGCACGCUGCACGCGGAGCGGUUGUGUGCUGUGCGGGUCGAGCGAAAAUUUUUUGCGCUUCGCACACUCGUGUGUCAAAGAGCAAAGAGCGUGCAGAAAAAAGAGAGAAGUAGCGAGAGUAGCAGCAGCAGCGAGCUAACUCAACUACACUCUCUGCAGAGUCUGCAAAUGUACGUGUGCCUAUAACAUUCGCGAACUGCCUACGCGUCGUCGUGUAUGUCAGUGCAUAUAGUAGUAGCCGUGUUAGGCAGUACUGCUACCGCUUUAAUACUUUACUUUUAUUGUAUAUAAAAAAAGUUACAGUGGCAGCUAAAACUCCAGCUCGUUUUCGCGAGUGCUUGCUGCUGCUACUGCAAACGUAUACACAGUCACGGACACACCGACGGUCGACGACACACAUUUGCAAUCGCGCGUAUACAUGUAUGCAGCCGAUCAGCAGCUCUGCCUCGUGCGUUCGCGUUUGCUGGUAGCGCAUCGCUUGUACUUCCUCGUCUAUCUCCUUCGAUUGCAAAAUUUAAACAGUGCGAUUGAUAUCCUCGUGUGCACAUCGUGACUGCGACGGAUCAGCAGAGCCUGGCUGCUGCCUGCAGGCACAAGUGCCCUGCUGCCAGCGUCUGUGUGUGCUGCGCUAUCGAGCGAGGCCCGAUGGAUUCGAUAACGAGAGCCUAAACGUCUUCGGCGUUAUUCAAGGAGAGAGAGAGAGAGAUAGAAAGAGUCCAUGGAGAAAAUAGAUCGAGCUCGAUAAAAACACCCAGAAACACGCCGUUCACAGUGCCCGCCGUAUGUGUUUGUGUUGCAAGUGUUUACACACAAGACAAGAGAGAAGCUUACAAGCCUGCGGACACUCGCGCUGCUGCAUGUUUAAUUGUAUAUGUGACAAAAACAGGAGAGAACUAAUUGUAGCGCGUUGAUACUCGACUUUAUAUGUUGUCGUUGUCAACGUAUCAUCAGCAACGACGACCACGAAGGACGAGGAUAAGAUCAGGACGACGACGAGCUCAUAGUCGUCACCGUGGGGCUGAACGUUCACGUACGCGCGACCUGUAGAUGAAACGUAGUCACUCAAAAAUGAGUGAAGGGGCACCACCGAGGACUAAGCGCAACGGCGCUAGGAACUUUAAAAAUCCACCCCAGCCACACAUGUGUAUACAGGACUACAUUCAGGGUUCUCCUAUACCUUGUUACAUAAAUGUUUUGGCAUGGGAUAAAGUGGAUAUGCCUGCUAAUCUUAAUCAACCCCUGCCUCUUUAUGGUGGUAUGAAGUUGACUCCGCCAAGAACGGAGGAUAAAAACACAUGUAUAUUUGCCGUUAUUGCAAAUCCUGAAGUUCUUAAAAUAAGGGGAAAGAAUGCUAAGGACAAAGAGGAUCAAUCAAAUUUAAUAGAAGUUUUAUUAGAUUUUGUUGAGUCGAUGAACAAAGGAAUUGUGUUCAAUCGCCUUUAUCAAAUUUUAAAAGAUCGUGAUAUUACUGGUGAAUUAAAAGAGGUAUGGAUCGCUGUACAAAAUCAGAGAGACCGAGGAACUUUGAUGUCUAUGCAACAAGAAACUUGGGUAGAUGUUGGUCAAUCUCGACCACAAUAUGAGUUAUCUUCAGAGCAGCAGCAACAGCAACAGCAGUCUCAGCAUCAGUUGUUACCACAAGAUGCACAAGAAAUACAAUUGCAGCAGCAGACACAACAGCAGCAACAACAGCAACAGCAACAGCAGCAGCAGCAACAACAGCCACAGCAGCAAACGGUUCAACAACAGCCUCAGCAAAAGCAAUUGCCACAAAUGCAGCAACAAAAUCAAGGGCAACAACAGCAACCUUUAAAUCAAGUGCUACAGCAGACGUCAAAGCAAAUUCAACAACAACCACAAAAUCAACAAUCUCCACUGCAUCAGCCUUUGCAUCAGCAGUUGCAACAUCAGCAAUCUCAACCAAACACAAUUCAAAAACCACACGCCCAACAAGUUCCAUCUUCUCAACCUAUGAUUUCUCAAGCACAGCCUUUACUUCCUCAACCACCACCUCCUCAACCAUUGCUUUCUCAACCGCCUCCUCCUCAACCUUUGCUAUCUCAACCAGCACCCCAGCCAUUGCUACCUCAGCCUCCUCCCCCUCAACCAUUACUAUCUCAACCACCACCCCAACCAUUGCUGUCCCAGCCUCCUCCUCCUCAACCAUUAUUAUCUCAACCACCGCCUCCUCAACCAUUGUUAUCUCAGAUGCCACAGUUGAAUAAGCCACCACCGCCAAUACCGCAGCUUCACAAAGCUCCGCCGCCAAUUCCAAAUCAAAUGCCAAGCAUGGUCGAUUUGAUGCAGAACUCAUACAUGAUGCAGCAGCCACCUCAAUAUCCACAACCCAAUAUGAUGUACAAUCAUCCUCCUCCACCUCCUCCGAAUGAGCAUGCGAGCUACACCGAAAGAUACGCCUACGCCCAAGCGAAUGCUGCGAUGUCUAUGAAUCCCAACGAUCAAGUGUAUCAGCAGAAUCGUAUGCCAAUGGCUUACAACAACACCAACAAUCCGCGCGGUGACGUGGAGGGUUACAAUUAUCGCGAGCGCGGUAGGACGCUGCCGCAGCAGCCUAUGCCAAAGCAGCCGAAUCAACCACCGCCAGUGCCGCAGCAACAGAUACCACCUCCGCCCCCGCCACAGCAACAGAACUGUCCACCUUACACAGCUGCGUCGUAUCACUUUCAAAGGUUACCGCGACAAAUGGUGCCGCAGUACGUCAACGCGAAUGUGGGACCAAAUUAUAGCGGUCAGAAUAGCAGGUACAUGCCGAACAUGUACCAUGAAUACUUUAUCGAACAAAUGGAGCAUUCGCAGCGCAUAAAUCAGCAAGCACCUCCUCAUAGGCCACCUGAGAACCAAAUGCACGUCGAUAUUCACAGAAUGCAACAUCAGCAGGAACAAAUGCACAUAGCUCAACCUAUGCCAGCUCCUUUGUACAAAGGUCCAGCAAUGGGUGUUAUGAAUCAGCCACAGCAACAGCAGCCUCCAAUGAAUACUGGCAAGAGAUUAUACAAUUAUUCGUCGAAGCAACAGCAGCAGGGGCCAUCAAAGGUUGUUGGAGGAAUUAGUCAAAAUAAGAGAUUAAAUAAUUCACCCACGCACUUAAAAACGACAGGAAACUCAGUUAUUCAGGUGGGAGCCCAAACAGAAUCUAAUGACAAUCUUGAAUGUAGCAAUUCUACAGUCAAAGUUCUGCAAAGAGAUACCGCGAAACAAAAUAAAUCGAAUUAUCAAGUUGGUUCACCCGAAAUGAUUUCGAGGCAAGUAGAUAAAAAUGUUGAGGUUAAUAGUAAAAAUCAACAUCAAGUAACGGAUCUUGAUGAGGAAGACGGGAAAAUUAAAGUUAAGAAGCCUACAGAUUCGACGAACGAUGUAACGUCGAAAAAAACUGAAGCCUUAAAAAAUGCUGUCGUUACAAAAGAUAUCCCCGAAAACUCAAAAGAAGCUAAAAAUCUGCCUGUAGAAAAAACCCCAGCGCCACAAUCGUCUUCCGAUUCACACAAGCAAGAAUCAAAAGAAACAAAACACCAACAACAUCAUCAUAAUCAAAAACAAAAAAGAGGUGUGAAGAUUACUAAGUCCUGGAUGAAAGAUAAUAAAAGUCAAAAAAAUGGCGUAAGGACAGAUUUUGAACAAAUGUCUGGCACUGAAAAGAUUCAAGAUGAAGAAAGGCUUCAUAACACGAGUAGCCCAACAAAACGUACUCAAUCUACUGUAAAUAGCAUCAUCAAAAGUGUAUUUAAAAAACACCAAGGGAAUAAUGCUAGUAGUGAUGACUCUGGUACUGGUAGAAAGCAAAAGUCGAACGGACAAGUUAAAGGGAAUGCCAAAAAUCAUACCAAUGACCAUGAAGAGACGCAAGGAUACACGAUUUUGAAAAAGUCGUCAGAAAGUUCAGCAGACGAAAUGGUGAAUGAAAUAGCACAGUUAUCAAUACAAGACUGUAAAGAGACAUCGGAAAUGAAUGGAGUUCAUUCGUGAUGAGCGCAGAGCUAGCCAAUAAUGAAGCUAAUCUACAAAUGUAAACAAAAAAUAACUUUGACGACAGCCCGCUGAUAUAAGCCGAGUAAGAUCCUUGUAAAUAGAAAUACAAUUUGUUAAAAAUGGCUUUAAAAUUUGCAAAUAGUUUUCAAAUAUUGAAAGAAGCAAACUGACGUAAAAAUAGCAUUAAUUAGAUUUCGUGAUAUACAAUUAAGUAAAGCACGUCGCUUAUGCUCUUUCUUCUUCUCGUUCUUUUUUUUUAAGAUUUAAAUUCACAUUUUACCGAAUAGGAUUUGCUGGUGAGGCUGUGACAAUGGUUUAGUAAUUUUUCCAUAAUGGAAAUAAAAUAUUACAAAACAAUAGAUAAGCUAAAUGGACAAAAAAAAGAAUAAAAUAUUUAAACCAUGUUUCAAGUUUAGGGAUCUAAAGCGAAGAAAUUCAGUUAUUGAAAAGUAGUGAGAUUGCUUGACUAAACUAUUUUUAAAUUCAAUUAAAAGUACUCGUCAUUCUUAAAAAUUACGGGCACGAUCCGUCACAUUUCAAAGCUAAAACGCACCAUUAACAUGAUAAGAUAGUACAUAAAAAGUGUUGUUGCGAAUGGUUUGACUCAAUAAAAGUAGGCACGAUAAAUCCUUGACAAAAAGUGCUAAAUAUCGAAAUAAAAUUUUAAUUAAAAAAAAUUAUAGAUAUUGUUAGAAUAUUUGCGUAUAUCGUAGUAUUAAAUUCGUACUUUUUUUGUACAUUUGUAGAAUAGCUUUUAAAAUUUAAUAACGUAAUGUUAAUAUGUAUUUAUUAUUUUUUAAUACAGUUAGCUCUUUUAAACAACUAUUAUCUUUUAAAACUGAUAUACACUAGGUUGAUAUUCACAGAAAUUUACGACAAAUAAAUGAAAAUGAGAUUAUAAAAAUAAUCGAUAUAUUCACAAUAAAUAAAAUUAAUUAAAUUCAUUUCGUACAAUAUUGGUUGUAUUUCUUCAGUGAUGAAUAAUAAAAAUGCAUUGACAAACUACAUUUUACGAAAGUAGCUACAUUAAAAAAAGGUGGAUGAAAUCCCAACAGGCAUAAUUGUCGUGAAAAUAUUGCAAAUUUUAAGAAAAACAAUAAUUUUGAUGCAUUCCAAAAUUGUUAAACCAUUACCUUGGGUGCUUUUACGUUUUUGUACUUUGAAGAUACUCUUGCAUUUGUUGAUUGACCCCAUUCACUAAUAAAUUAGACUUAUUUAUAGCAUUUAAAACGUGAAAAUGAAAUCUUCGUACGAAGUAUAAAAUAACUUUUUGGAUAGCGAUCUUUCCAAAUUUUUAAUAAAAAAGUACAUUUUUAAAUCAAAGUGUACAAACAACGAUCGUUUGAGCAGAUUAAUGUAGAAACCAUUUUUUACAACUUUUAGAAACGUCCUCGAGUAAUCUUAAGAUUGUCCUACAUAAAUAAUUCAUAAUAGCAGAAAAAAAAGAUCGAUAUUAACGAAUACAAGUUGAAAAUAAUAAUUAGAUUUAAAAAUUGUAGAGAAUUUAAAGAAAACGAUGAAACAAUUGUUAAUUGUGUAAGAUGUAUUAUUGAUAUUGCCAAUAUCGAUGGGGAGAAAAAAAUUGUCAUUCCGUAAAUGCUCUCUAUGAUUAACAUUGCUGCCGUACAUCGUCCGCGUGAACAUAAAGUAACGAUUUACAUAAUAAAGCAAAAACUACGGGCACACACUCUAGGACGAAAAAAAAAAGAUUUUGCUACUGUUAUAAGACAUAAAAAAAAACUAUUAAACGACGUUUGUUAAAGUGAAGCUCAAGCCCCUAGAAAAAUUCUUAGAGUUGAUUGAAUCGCUGUAAAAAAUGCUUACCUUUAAAAAUUGUUGAAAUUUUAUUUUUUAAUAUGACUACGAACAUAAUAAAUUUUGGAAAUUGCGAAGGGUAGAGAACUUUUAACUGCAGAAGUAAAUAUGAAGUUUUUUGCUCAGACAAAUAUUAAAUAUGUAUUGACGUACGAGUACUUUAAAAAGACACCCAUGUCUUUUAUUAUUUUUAUUAUUUUUAUUUCUGCUCUAUUUGAAGCUUAAUAAUAACCUUUAUAUUGAUAAAUAAAUUGCCUACAGUCAAAAUUUUGCAAACAAUGGUUUUGACGAUAUUUUUUUACAUGUUCGUUAAAUAUUUUUCUAGUUUAUGUGAUGGAAUAGGAAUGUUAUAGGCAAUCGACUACCGUUCUUUUUCCGGCAAAGCAGCAGCCUUCGUUACUUUACAUAUUUACUUAGUUAUGUUUGAUUGUUAAUUUAUAAUUAUUGUUAAACCAUUGAAUUUUCUGUAAUCGAAUUUUAUAUUGAUUCAUAUUUCGUUCCUUUUUUACCUGCAUAUUUUCAUUAUACAUAUUUUUUAAAUAUUUUAUUGUGUCUAAUACUGUUAUUGUAACGAAAGCAGCUGAUUUUGUGUAAAAAUGAUUUUGUAA